UGCUCGGUGCUCCAUUACUCUGUCUGUCGUACAUACGAAUCCUCGCGGAAGUACUGACGUGUUCACACCAGUUCGCACGAGAAGUGGCUAGUUUAGCUAGCUAGGUAGAGCCGGGUAGUGACACAGCGGCCGUAUCAGAAUGUCAGAAGGGGACAGUGUUGGGGAGUCAAUCCAUGGGAAACCAUCUGUAGUUGCUGCCUUUUUCACAAGGAUCGGACAGGUCUAUCAGUCAUGGCUAGACAAGUCAACGCCAUUCUAUGCAGUGCGAUGGGCAGUCACUCUACUACUAACUGCUGUCUACAUGAUCAGAGUGUACAUACUACAGGGUUGGUAUAUAGUAACAUAUGCUUUGGGAAUCUACCAUCUCAACCUGUUCAUUGCUUUUCUUUCGCCAAAAGUGGAUCCCUCACUGCUUGACGAAGAUGAGGGCCCAUCCCUUCCUACCAAGCAGAACGAGGAGUUCCGCCCUUUCAUCAGGAGGUUGCCUGAAUUCAAAUUUUGGCACUCAGCGACAAAAGGCAUCGUCAUCGCCAUGAUUUGCACAUUUUUCGAUGCCUUCAAUGUGCCAGUGUUCUGGCCUAUACUUGUAAUGUACUUCAUCAUGCUCUUUUGCAUCACCAUGAAGAGGCAGAUUAAGCAUAUGAUCAAGUACAGAUACCUACCGUUCACACACGGGAAGAGGACAUACAAAGGCAAGGAAGACACAGGGAAACCUUUUGCUAGUUAAAAACUCCCACUUCCCCUUCCUCUCCGUCUCAUUGAAAAUUGAUUGGUCACAGCUAAUGGGGAGUGAUGCGGUUAGAGAUUUUCUUUCUUUUUUUGUAAGCUGGACAGUAACAUUAAAACAUAACAUGAAAAAAAAAUACAAGUUUUGAUCCAUGGUUCACAGUUUUGGAUGAGGGCUUGAGCAGCAUGGAUCAAAAUAGUCUGGAAAUAUUGCCUUUGUCCUUUUUUUUUGUUUUCGAGGAUUGGUUUUUCUUUAUUUAGUAUUCGAUGACACUCAGUUUUGCCUUUUUUACGCCAUUGGGUAAGUAUAAAGUCAUCUAAGAACCACAUAGAAGUAAAAAUUGUGAAUUUUUUUUUUCCAAUGACUGUGAUUCCACGACAUCUUCCUCUCCCAUGUCUGCCUAUUUUUUGAUCGUUUGCUCUUAUUUGUAACAAGUUACAUAUUGAAAAACAGCCAAGUUAGUCACGAAAGGACAUGAUUAGACAGAAGAAGAAAAUCUGACGAAAGUCUUCGAGUUGAAUCAUUUGUUGUGAUAACACAAAAAAAGUGCUUACUUAGAAAUGUCUCAGGCAGUUGUCCUCUGUACUAAAUGAGGAAUUGGUCACAUUUCACUUCAAAACGCAUUCAUUAUGGGCAGAAAAAAAACUUAUUGGAAUUAAAUGACCACGUUAUCACAAAAGCUGUUUAAAUUAGUUACUAUUUGUAUUGUGUGAUUAUCUUGGACUACAUUUGAAUCAACCUAAUUGAAUGCAUAAAUCAAGGAGGAUGUUGCUUGUCUCAACUAAUUUAGUCUCCUGUAGUCUGUGGUCUACCACUAAAUCAGAUCUGUCUACUUAUGCACCUUUUAGGGUUUAACAAAUGGGACUCUGUGUUGCUGACCACCUCUGUAGACAAAAUUUUUAAAAUCAUUUGGGUGUGGGGGGAGGGAUCGGGUAUUUAGUUAAGUUUUUUUUUUUUAAAACACCAUUUAAAGAGAGUAAUUAUCUAAACAUACUGUGUCUUAAAAGUGCACAGUCAGUAUUCAAAUUCAGCUCACAAUGUGAUGAGGUAGCGGUCAGACGAAGCGAGUUUGCCCCCCGCAGCCUUUCCUCUUUGAGACAUCUACCCGUUAGUGUUUCAGAGAGUUGAGGUCCAUUUGGUUUGUUUAAGCUAGCUGUUGCAGUCCUCUAUGAUCUGUGUUUGCUUUGAAAAAAGUUCUGAUAAAUAUAGUCAUUCCACGCAAACUGUUGUUCUCUUUCUUUUGCAGAGGAAACAUAAGAAAAACAAAGAUUGAGAGCUUUUAUUAUAACAAAUGGAUGAAGUGGGUGGAGAUCACACAUUCUUUUCUAUGAACCUGUUGAUUUUUGUUUUCUAUCAGAAUGCUGGGAAUCUGUCAUUUCUAAAUUGAACAGCUCUGUAGUAAGGGAUCAAACCAUUGUCCUGUAUAAAAAAAAGUGAGUUUCAAAGGGUUGUCUAGAUUUGUGUGUGUAUAUAUAUAUAUAUUAUAUAUUUUAAAUAUAAUUUUUUUUUUUUUUUUUUUAGAUUAUUUUGUUUUCAUCCAACCACCAUAUUGUUUCAAGUGUCCAUUUCGUUUGAAAUUUAAUGAGAGCAAACCUGGUUAAUUGGGUUCUAGAUCUGAUGAAUUAUAUGUUUUACAUUGCAUGUCAUUAUUUUCUUGUGCAACAGUUAUAAACAAAAACUUGAUUUUAAUAACUUAAGUGUAAUUUUUUCACUCCAACUGCUAUUAAAGAGGCUUGUCCCUUCGAACAGUA